GAGUGUGAGUGUGCGUGUGUGUGUGCGCGCGCGUGCGCGCGGGGGUCAGCUGCCUGAUGUGGAGGUGGUUCCUGAGAUAACCCUCAAGGGGAAGAUGGGAGAUAGAAGCAACCAGACCCAUCCUAUUCGGCCAGGAGAGGCCUCCUUCAUGUAAUGUGUGGCUCCGGUCUCCAGAGAAGAUGCUGUGGAUGGGAUGUCAGGCACAGGUGUCAGCGAUGGCUGAAGAUGGGAGUGAAGAGAUUAUGUUCAUCUGGUGUGAAGACUGCAGCCAGUACCACGACUCCGAAUGUCCUGAGCUGGGCCCCGUGGUCAUGGUCAAGGACUCCUUUGUGUUGAGCAGGGCAAGGUCGUCCCUUCCUCCCAACUUGGAGAUCAGACGACUGGAAGACGGGGCUGAGGGAGUAUUUGCUGUGACCCAGCUCGUCAAGAGAACGCAGUUUGGUCCAUUUGAAUCUAGGAGGGUCGCCAAGUGGGAGAAGGAGUCUGUGUUUCCCCUGAAGGUGUUCCAGAAGGACGGGAACCCCGUCUGCUUCGACACCUCCAACGAGGACGACUGUAACUGGAUGAUGCUGGUGCGGCCGGCGGCGGUGCCUGAGCACCAGAACCUGACGGCCUAUCAGCAUGGCAGCGAUGUGUACUUCACCACCUCACGCGACAUACCCCCUGGCACUGAGCUGCGCGUGUGGUAUGCGGCCUUUUAUGCCAAGAAGAUGGACAAGCCCAUGCUGAAGCAGUCCUGCUCUGGUGUCCACGCUGCAGGCACCCCAGAAAAUAGCACCCCCGUGGAAUCAGAGCCCAGCCAGUGGGUGUGUAAAGUGUGUUCUGCCACCUUCCUCGAGCUGCACCUCCUGAACGAGCAUCUCCUGGGUCACUUAGAACAAGCCAAAAGCCUUCCUCCUGGUGACCAGAAUGAGGUGGCUCCUGAGAAGGAAUCAGAUGCCCCCCGGGGGGAGCCCCCUGUAAUGCCCGAGAGUGACGGUGUCAGGGCUGCCAAAGAACAGAAGAAGAAGCCUCGAAGGGGAAGGAAACCCAAAGCAUCAAAAACUGAGCAACCUCUGGUCAUCGUGGAAGACAAGGAGCCGGCAGAGCAAGUGGCAGAGAUCAUCACUGAGGUCCCACCGGACGAGCCUGUGAGCACAUCGCCAGACGAACGGAUAAUGGAGCUGGUCUUGGGGAAGCUGGCCACUGCAAACGAAGUCAGCUCAGUGCCAAAGUUCACCCAUCAUCAGAAUAACACCAUUACCCUCAAGAGGAGUUUAGUUCUCUCGAGCAGACACGGCAUCCGGCGAAAGCUCAUCAAACAACUCGGGGAGCACAAGCGGGUUUACCAGUGCAGCAUCUGCAGCAAGAUCUUCCAGAACAGCAGCAACCUGAGCCGGCAUGUGCGCUCGCACGGUGACAAGCUGUUUAAAUGCGAGGAAUGUGCCAAGUUGUUCAGCCGCAAAGAGAGCCUAAAGCAGCAUGUUUCUUACAAGCACAGCCGGAAUGAGGUCGAUGGUGAGUACAGGCACCGCUGUGGCACGUGUGAGAAGACCUUCCGCAUCGAGAGUGCGCUGGAGUUCCACAACUGCAGGACAGAUGACAAGACGUUCCAAUGUGAGAUGUGUUUCAGAUUCUUCUCCACCAACAGCAACCUCUCCAAGCACAAGAAGAAGCACGGGGACAAGAAGUUCGCCUGUGAGGUCUGCAACAAGAUGUUCUACCGCAAGGACGUCAUGCUGGACCACCAGCGGCGGCACCUGGAAGGCGUGCGGCGGGUGAAGAGAGAGGACCUGGAGGCCAGCGGGGAGAACAUGGUCCGCUACAAGAAAGAACCUUCCGGCUGCCCAGUGUGUGGCAAGGUGUUCUCCUGCAGGAGCAACAUGAACAAGCACCUGCUGACCCAUGGCGACAAGAAGUACACCUGUGAGAUCUGUGGGCGCAAGUUCUUCCGCGUGGACGUGCUCAGGGACCACAUCCAUGUUCACUUCAAGGACAUUGCGUUGAUGGACGACCACCAAAGAGAGGAGUUCAUUGGCAAGAUUGGGAUCUCAUCUGAGGAGAACGAUGACAAUUCCGAUGGGAGUGCAGACUCGGAGCCCCACAAGUACAGCUGCAAAAGGUGCCAGCUCACCUUUGGCCGGGGGAAGGAGUACCUGAAGCACAUCAUGGAGGUGCACAAGGAGAAGGGCUACGGCUGCAGCACCUGCAAGCGGCGCUUUGCGCUCAAGGCCACCUACCAUGCCCACAUGGUCAUCCACCGCGAGAACCUGCCUGACCCCAACGUGCAGAAGUACAUUCAUCCCUGCGAGAUCUGUGGGCGGAUCUUCAACAGCAUCGGGAACUUGGAGCGCCAUAAACUCAUCCACACAGGGGUGAAGAGCCACGCCUGCGAGCAGUGUGGGAAGUCCUUUGCCAGGAAGGACAUGCUCAAGGAGCACAUGCGCGUGCACGACAACAUCCGCGAGUACCUGUGCGCUGAGUGCGGGAAAGGCAUGAAGACCAAGCACGCACUGCGCCACCACAUGAAACUGCACAAAGGCAUCAAGGAGUACGAGUGCAAGGAGUGCCACCGCAAGUUCGCACAGAAGGUCAACAUGCUCAAGCACUACAAGCGGCACACAGGGAUUAAAGAUUUCAUGUGUGAACUGUGUGGAAAGACUUUCAGUGAGAGGAACACCAUGGAGACGCACAAACUCAUCCACACGGUGGGCAAGCAGUGGACGUGCUCUGUGUGUGACAAGAAGUACGUCACUGAGUACAUGCUGCAGAAGCAUGUGCAGCUCACCCACGACAAGGUGGAGGCGCAGAGCUGCCAGCUGUGCGGGACCAAGGUGUCCACCAGGGCCUCCAUGAGCCGUCACAUGCGGCGCAAGCACCCAGAGGUGCUUGCAGUGAGGAUUGAUGACCUGGACCACCUCCCAGAGACCACCACCAUUGACGCCUCCUCUAUCGGCAUCGUCCAGCCCGAGCUGACUCUGGAACAGGAAGAUUUGGCCGAAGGGAAGCACGUGAAAGCUGCCAAGCGCAGUCACAAGAGAAAGCAGAAGCCAGAAGAAGAGGCAGGGGCUCCGGUGCCUGAGGAUGCUGCCUUCAGCGAGUACUCUGAGAAGGAGACCGAGUUCACUGGCAGCGUGGGUGAUGAGACCAAUUCCGCGGUGCAGAGCAUUCAGCAGGUGGUGGUGACACUGGGUGACCCAAAUGUGACUGCUCCAUCAAGCUCAGUCGGCUUGACCAACAUCACCGUGACCCCCAUCACCACUGCAGCUGGGACUCAGUUUACCAAUCUCCAGCCGGUGGCCGUGGGACACCUUACCACCCCCGAACGCCAGUUACAGCUGGACAACUCAAUCCUGACCGUGACCUUUGAUACUGUCAGUGGCUCUGCCAUGUUGCACAACCGCCAAAAUGACGUCCAGCUCCACCCCCAGCCGGAAGCCUCGAACCCGCAGUCUGUGGCCCACUUCAUCAACCUGACCACUCUGGUCAACUCCAUCACACCCCUGGGGAACCAGCUCAGUGAGCAGCACCCUCUCACAUGGCGGGCGGUGCCCCAGACUGAUGUCCUGCCAUCCUCACAGCCACAGGCCCCCCAGCCGCAGCAAGCACAGCCUCAGGUGCCAACCGAACAGCAGCAGCAGAUGUACAGCUACUGAACCGUGCUGCAGAAAACGCAGGGCUAGGACCACGGAGAGGGCUUGCAUUUUCUGAGAUUUGUUUGCUGGAUACCAAACAGAAAAAAAAUCAUAUGUUGCAAUCUAAGUAAGGUUGACUUAGCUUUUGCAGAAUUAUCUCCAAAUCCUCCCAACAAACCAUGAGGUCUGUCAGCUUAACUCGAGAAGUGACCCGUGGCAGGCGAGACUUUAAAACCUGACCAGGUUCCACGCUAUGCCUUACCAGGUAGUGCUCCUAGGCCAGGGCCACACCCCACCUGCCCUU